AUGGCAAUCUGGAGACCCUCGACCAUCCUCUCCGCCAUCGGAGCCGACGUCCUCUGGCACUCGCACCGCGACCUGAAAAUCCUCAUCCUGCUCCGCUUCAUCCGCCUGUUGGGCUAUGGCGGGACAACACUUGUUCUGGCACUCUAUCUCAAUGCGCUGGGUUUCCAUGAUACCCAGAUUGGACUUUUCAUGACGCUGACGCUUGUGGGUGAUCUUGCUAUUAGCUUUGUCCUCACUUAUGUCGGUGAUCGUGUUGGUGUGAGAUGGACUGCUGCUGUCGGUGCGCUGUCGAUGUGCAUCGGAGGAGUGGCUUUUGCCUGGGCUGAGAAUUUCUGGGUAUUGUUGGCUGCUAGUAUUGUUGCUGUUAUUAAUCCGAGCGCAAAUGAAAUUGAUCCCUUCAAGGCGAUUGAAGAAUCAGCGAUCGCUCGUCUCAGCACAUCACACACGUGCAACGAGAUGUUUGCCUGGUGGUCCAUGCUAGGCAUGUUUGGCACAGCAGCAAGCAAUCUUCUCACAGGCUGGAUCAUCAACGCCCUUGAAGACGCUGGCAUGGAGAAACUAUCAUGCCACCGCGUGAUAUUCCUCGCGUAUGCUGCCAUUGGCAUCAUCAAGUUGAUCUGUUCUUUAUUCCUCAGUGCGGAUGUUGAGCAUGUUCCUGAACAAAAGGAAUAUUGUGCUACGCCGCAGUCUGGUCUCAGUGAAGAAGAUGCACCACUCUUGACUGAGCAGAUCCCCGAUUAUGGAGCAGUCAAUGCUAUCAAUGAUGUUCAGAAUCCUGAGAGUCAGGCACAAGUCGUGCUGGAAGUUCAAGAAAAACGGCUUUUUACACCUGAGUCGUUUGACUUUAUGUGGAAGCUUUCUCUCGCCAUGGGAUUGGACUUUGUCGGUUCUGGUCUUGCACAGAUCUCAUGGAUGACAUAUUUCUUCAAACGCGAGUACGACAUGCCCGAAGGAGCACUCGGGUCUGCAACAUUCACAGCAGGUAUAAUCUCAUCCGUGCUCAACCUCGCAUCAUCACCCCUCUCGCGCUCCAUCGGUCAAGUGCAAACCAUGGUAGUAUGUCACACGAUAAACUCCAUUUCUCUUCUCAUGGUCUCAGUACCAGGAAACAAAUACGUGGCGCUCAUCAUUUUCAUCUUUCGCAUCGUCACCCGCGAAAUUGAUAAUGCGCCCCGUCAAGCGUUCAUUUCUGCUGGUGUGCUGGAUCAUGAACGGACUUCUGCUAUGGGUGUUGUUAAUAUUGUCAAGACGAUUGGUAGUUGUUUUGGAUUAGGAAAAGGAUAUAUAUCCAGGUCCAUGUCACUCGAUUCUCAGGUCUUCACCAAGCCUCAACGGGCCAACACAAAGCAAAUCUUUCUAUCAUUACCUUCACCAAAUCUUCAAAUGGAUCAUCUUCUCCAUCUUGACACAGACGUAGUCUGCCUCCUCACUAAGCUCAACUCCUACGACUACAUCAUCGUAGGAAGCGGCUUCGGCGGCGGUCCCCUCGCCGAAACCCUCGCAGCCAAGAACAAAAAAGUCCUCCUCAUCGAACGCGGAGGCGUAAUCUUCUCAACCCACGUCCUCAACACUUCCCGUCCUUACUACAACCGCGGCGCCAGUAACUCCCCCGAAGGUAACGAACGGGUCUACGACGCCGUCAAAGCAAAAGUGCAACUCACAGAUCGUUCCGACAGUUACGUCGGCGGUCCUGUGUACUGCGUUGGCGGACGGUCUAAUCUUUGGGGCACUUGGAUCCCUGAGGUUGGGAACGAGACGCUUAAUACUUACUUUUUGCCUGAGAUCGUGGAGUAUCUCAAGGAGGGGAAAGGGUAUGAGACGGCUUUUCGGUAUUUGACGAAUGAUGAUCCUAGAGAUGGGAUUUAUCCUGAAGGUGUCGGUGCGCAUGAAGUCAGCGCCAAAGAAAUUGGUCAGGUGAAUGAAAAGCUUACCAAUGCUAUCGCCGGCUCCAAGUUCACCAUCAUGCCCGUCGCAGCACAGUUCAACGCCCCAGCGCCGUACAAAUUUGCGCAGGGCGCGUACAGUACUACGUUGUCGAUUAUUAAUCGGAUGUAUGCGAAUGAUCAGUAUUCAUCUGUUUUGCUGAACACGGAGGUCAUUGCUGUUCAGCAUUCUGCUAGCAAUACUUUACAAAACAUGCGGUACCAUCAAUUACAAGAUAACUACAUUGGCAUCACGUUGGAAGACAUGGCAUCCGAUUACUGCGCGGGUCAUAUCUUUUCCGGUGUUGGCCAAGCUUCAUUUGACAUUCUCAAGUCUCGGGUACAAUUGGGAAUCAUCCAGGGAAGGCUGUACGAUCUUCUCUAUUCCGUCCGCGCUGAGAGAGAGUCUCCAAAGGGGAAAGAUACUUCACGAGUGCAGGUCGAUACGAUGCUAGAUCAGUGGUAUAAUUCACUACCAGACUCUGUCAAAACAAGCAAUUUCUCGGCAAUGGAACCGAGCGUUAGACAACAUUGUCACUUGUUACACAUGGUCUACUACCAGACCAUCUUUCCAGUCCGCGAUGCUGCCUUACACAAUUACAAUUGGAUUGGACGUCUUCACGGCUUCUCUGAGAAGUGGAGGGCGGAUAAGCGAAAGGCAAAGAAGGCCUAUGCUGACACCCCCGUGCUGUUGUCAAACUGGUCAAAACUAUUAGAGGCUGCCCGAGCUCAGGUCGACAUACUGUCCAGCAUGGACCGCCCGACCCCCAUAUGGCAUAAUUGCAGAACAUACAGAGGUCUUCGCUUGACUGGUAUUUAUGCGACCGAGGGUGCGCUCACUGUUCUGGCCGCUAACAACAUAGCCGCAUAUGAGCGAGCCAACCAUGAUCUUCUGAAUGAAGACGAGGAGAGGAUACAGAAAGCAUGGGCCAAUAUCAAGGAUCUAAAUUGCGAGUAUCGUGGUGGUAAUCCCGGGCAAUUUCAUCCCGAAGAGAUCAACAUUGGUUCCGAAGAGCUUGUCAGGGAGGCUGGUUGGUGCUAUGACAAGUACUUCAACAAACGCCAGAGGCCCAACUACUGGGCGGAUAAGAUGAAAGCGAAUCCUGCCAGUUUUGGUAUUUAUUGA